AUGCACCAAGACCUCACAGAUGACGAGCAUGAGUAUCCAGAUAUCAGACGCAAUCCGCUGCACGAGGUGACCAUGACUUCAUACAUACUAGGGAUUCUUCUGGGUAUAUUUGUAGGCCUUUUCCCACAAAUCAGAUUCAAAAAUUUUAAUCUUUUCAUUAUUGCCCUCUCCUUAUUCCAUUUUCUGGAGUAUUAUAUUACAGCUAAGUAUAACCCUCUCAAGGUACAUUCAGAGUCAUUUCUUUUAAACAAUGGGAAAAGUUACAUGGCAGCGCAUUCCUUUGCCAUUCUGGAGUGUCUUAUAGAGAGUCUUCUCUUUCCUAACCUGAAAACUUUCAGCUAUUCUCGAGCUACCAAGCUCUGUACCAUACUUGGAUGUCUUCUGGUUAUUCUGGGACAAUAUACUAGAACUAUUGCCAUGCAUACUGCGGGGCAUUCUUUUUCACACAUUGUGAAGACCAAGAAGGAGUCCGACCAUGUUUUAGUGAAAACCGGAAUUUAUUCAUGGUCAAGGCAUCCGAGUUAUCUUGGGUUCUUUUGGUGGGCCAUUGGCACUCAGCUGCUUCUUCUGAAUCCCAUAUCAUUGGUUAUUUUCAUUUCUGUGCUUUGGAAAUUUUUCAAUGACAGGAUUCGUGUGGAAGAAAAAUACUUAAUAGAGUUCUUUGGUACAGAAUACAUAGACUACAAGAGUAAAGUUGGUGUUGGAAUACCGUUGGUGUAUUAG